AUGCACGAUGCUUCACUAUCAUUGAGCAUCCACACCACCUGUGCUCGCUUGAUGUUGAAUCUGGUGGAACCAAUUUUUGAGAAAGGGGUUGAUCAACAAUCUACAGAUGAAGCAAGAAUUCUAUUGGGUCGCAUUUUGGACGCUUUUGUUGGGAAAUUCAGUACUUUCAAACGGACAAUUCCCCAGCUUUUGGAGGAAGGUGAGGAAGGAAAGGAACGGGCUACCUUGAGAUCAAAGCUUGAACUCCCUGUGCAGGCAGUUUUGGCAUUGCAGGUUCCUGUAGAACAUUCAAAGGAAGUUAAUGAUUGCAAACAUUUGAUCAAGACAUUAGCUCUUGUCUCACCAUCUUCCAAUUUAUCACCACCUCAAGCAUUAAGGGGCAUGAGAGAAGAUGAGGUUUGCAAAGCUUCUGGUGUUUUAAAAAGCGGUGUUUAUUGCUUAGCACUUUUCAAGGAAAAAGAUGAGGAGAGGGAAAUGCUGCAUCUCUUCUCGCAGAUUUUGUCCAUCAUGGAACCAAGAGAUCUUAUGGAUAUGUUCUCUCUGUGUAUGCCUGAACUUUUUGAGUGCAUGAUCUCCAACACUCAACUUGUGCAUAUAUUCUCUUCCCUUCUAGCAACCCCCAAAGUUUACAGGCCAUUUGCAGAUGUGCUUGUUAAUUUUCUUGUGAGCAGCAAACUUGAUGCCUUGAAGGAACCAGAUUCACCUGCAGCAAAACUGGUUUUGCAUCUCUUUCGAUUUAUAUUUGGUGCUGUUACUAAAGCACCAGCUGAUUUUGAACGGAUUUUGCAGCCUCAUGCUCCUGUUAUAAUGGAGUUUUGCAUGAAAAGUGCUACUGAAGUUGAAAAACCUCUUGGCUACAUGCAGUUGCUUCGCACAAUGUUCAAGGUACUUUCAGGGUGCAAAUAUGAACUUUUGCUCCGGGACUUGGUGCCCAUGUUGCAGCCUUGCCUCAAUAUGCUGCUGGCUAUGUUGGAAGGGCCAACUGCAGAAGAUAUGCGAGAUCUUUUAUUGGAGCUUUGCUUGACCUUACCUGCACGAUUAAGCUCUCUGUUACCAUACCUUUCUCGUCUUAUGAAGCCUUUAGUAUUAUGUCUCAGGGGAAGUGAUGAAUUAGUGAGUCUUGGUUUAAGAACACUUGAGUUUUGGGUUGAUAGUUUAAAUCCUGAUUUCCUUGAACCCAUUAUGGCUAGUGUUAUGUCUGAGGUGAUUCUUGCCUUGUGGUCUCACUUACGACCAGCUCCCUAUCCCUGGGGUGCAAAAGCAUUGCAGCUUCUUGGCAAGUUAGGAGGCAGAAACAGACGAUUUCUCAAAGAGCCUUUGGCACUUGAGUGUAAGGAGAAUCCUGAGCAUGGGCUUCGCCUGAUUUUGACAUUUGAGCCUGCGACACCAUUCUUGGUGCCACUUGAUCGAUGCAUAAAUCUUGCUGUGGAAGCUGUAAUGAACAAAAAUUGCGGCAUGGAUGCUUUCUAUCGGAAGCAAGCUCUAAAAUUUCUGCGAGUGUGCCUAUCAUCUCAGCUCAAUUUGCCUGGAAGUGUAGCUGAUGAGGGAUGUACGUCCAAGCAACUAUCAGCAUUGUUAGUUUCUACAGUUGAUCAAUCAUCACGUCGGUCUGAGUUAAUGGAUGUCAAGGCUGACUUAGGUGUAAAGACAAAGACCCAACUUAUGGCUGAGAAGUCUGUUUUUAAGAUUCUUUUGAUGACUGUCAUUGCUGCCAAUGGUGAGAUUGAUCUCACAGAUCCCACAGAUGAUUUUGUUGUCAACAUAUGUCGCCAUUUUGCAGUGAUAUUUCACAUUGAUUCUUCAUCCAGUAAUUUAUCAGUAUCUGCAAUUGGGGGUUCAUCACUAUCAAAUAAUGUUCAUGUUGGUUCUAGGCUUAAAAGCAAUGCUUGUUCAAAUCUGAAGGAGCUGGACCCUCUAAUAUUCUUGGAUGCUUUAGUUGACGUAUUAGCAGAUGAAAACAGGCUCCAUGCCAAAGCUGCUCUUGGGGCUUUAAACGUGUUUGCAGAAACACUUGUAUUCCUAGCUCGUUCAAAACAUACCGACUUGAUAAUGUCUAGAGGACCAGGUACACCUAUGAUUGUUUCUAGUCCUUCAAUGAAUCCUGUAUAUUCUCCGCCCCCUAGUGUUCGUGUUCCUGUAUUUGAACAACUGUUGCCCCGGCUUCUGCAUUGUUGCUAUGGGCUUACCUGGCAAGCACAAAUGGGUGGCGUCAUGGGACUUGGUGCUUUAGUUGGAAAGGUCACUGUUGAGACUCUUUGCCUUUUUCAAGUAAGAAUCGUGCGUGGUCUAAUAUAUGUUCUUAAAAAGCUUCCCAUAUAUGCAAGCAAGGAGCAGGAGGAGACAAGUCAAGUGCUCACUCAAGUUCUUCGAGUAGUUAACAAUGUUGAUGAAGCUAAUAGUGAGGCACGAAAGCAGAGCUUUCAAGGAGUUGUUGAUUUUCUUGCUCAAGAGUUGUUCAAUCAGAAUGCAUCUAUUAUUGUAAGAAAGAAUGUACAAUCAUGCUUGGCUCUUUUGGCUAGCAGGACGGGUAGUGAGGUGUCAGAAUUAUUAGAGCCAUUAUAUCAGCCUUUUCUCCAGCCUCUUAUUGUGCGAUCACUCAAGUUGAAGACUGUUGAUCAACAGGUUGGAACAGUUACAGCAUUGAAUUUCUGUCUAGCAUUGAGGCCACCUCUUCUCAAGUUGACACCAGAGUUAGUUAACUUCCUGCAAGAAGCAUUGCAAAUAGCAGAAUCUGAUGACAAUGCCUGGGUUGCUAAGUUUAUCAACCCCAAAGUGAUGACAUCAUUGACUAAACUUCGUACAGCUUGUAUAGAGCUGCUUUGUACAACAAUGGCAUGGGCUGAUUUUAAAACACCAAAUCACUCUGAGUUGCGGGCCAAGAUUAUUUCCAUGUUUUUCAAGUCUUUAACCUGUCGAACUCCAGAAAUUGUUGCUGUUGCAAAGGAGGGCCUGCGGCAGGUUAUUAAUCAAAGGAUGCCCAAAGAACUUCUACAAAGCAGCCUAAGGCCUAUAUUGGUCAAUUUGGCACAUACUAAAAAUCUUAGCAUGCCUCUUCUGCUUGGUCUUGCCCGCCUGCUUGAACUGUUGUCGAAUUGGUUUAAUGUUACUUUGGGUGGAAAACUUCUAGAGCAUCUAAAGAGGUGGCUGGAGCCUGAAAAGUUGGCACAGAGUCAGAAGUCAUGGAAGGCUGGUGAAGAACCAAAGAUUGCUGCAGCUAUAAUUGAGCUUUUUCACUUGCUUCCUCCUGCUGCCUCGAAAUUCCUUGAUGAACUUGUAACCUUGACUAUUGAUUUGGAAGGAGCUCUACCACCAGGACAAGUAUAUAGUGAAAUUAAUAGUCCAUAUCGCCUUCCACUUACAAAGUUUUUAAAUCGAUAUGCAUCGCUCGCAGUUGAUUAUUUUCUUGCUCGAUUAAGUGAACCAAAGUAUUUCAGGCGUUUCAUGUAUAUAAUUCGUUCAGAAGCUGGCCAACCAUUAAGAGAAGAACUUGCAAAAUCACCACAAAAGAUACUUGCAAGUGCAUUCUCUGAAUUUCUGCCCAAAUCUGAUGUGACAAUGGCUCCUGCAUCCACAAGUACACAUACUAGUUUAUUAGGUGAAGAAAGUGUUGCACCAUCAACUGAUGCUUCUAAUCCACCUGCUCCUCCUCCCAAUGCCACAUCUGAUGCUUACUUUCAGGGACUAGCACUUAUAAAAACCCUCGUCAAAUUGAUCCCUGGAUGGUUACAAAGUAAUCGUAGUGUGUUUGAUAUGUUGGUACUUGUUUGGAAGUCACCUGCAAGAAUAUCCCGAUUGCAAAAGGAACAGGAGCUAAACCUAGUUCAAUUCUUUGGACUUGACUUUCAACUGUUUAAGCCCAGCUGUUUGCUAACAUCUUCAGCAUUGCAGAUGCUGGUUAAAGAAAGCAAAUGGCUUGUCAAAUGCUUCCUUAAUUACUUGAGACAUGACAAGAGCGAAGUGAAUGUUCUCUUUGAUAUACUUACCAUAUUCUUAUUUCAUAGUCGGAUUGACUAUACAUUCCUAAAGGAGUUUUACAUUAUUGAGGUUGCAGAAGGUUAUCCACCAGGCAUGAAAAAGGCUCUUCUAUUGCAUUUUCUCAGCCUUUUCCAAUCAAGACAACUUGGUCAUGACCAUUUGGUGACUGUGAUGCAAAUGCUUAUUCUUCCUAUGCUUGCACAUGCCUUUCAAAAUGGUCAAAGUUGGGAAGUUGUUGAUCCUGGUAUUAUAAAAACAAUUGUUGAUAAACUUCUUGAUCCUCCAGAGGAGGUUUCUGCUGAGUAUGAUGAGCCUUUAAGAAUAGAACUAUUGCAGCUUGCCACUUUGCUUCUUAAAUAUCUUCAGAAUGAUCUUGUCCAUCAUAGGAAGGAGCUGAUAAAGUUUGGGUGGAAUCAUCUUAAGCGUGAAGACACUGCAAGCAAACAAUGGGCAUUUGUGAAUGUUUGCCAUUUCUUGGAGGCAUAUCAAGCCCCUGAAAAAAUAAUACUCCAGGUGUUUGUUGCUCUUCUCAGAACUUGCCAACCGGAAAAUAAAAUGUUGGUCAAGCAAGCACUUGACAUUCUAAUGCCGGCACUGCCACGACGAUUGCCCCUUGGUGAUUCUCGGAUGCCCAUAUGGAUAAGAUACACUAAGAAAAUUCUUGUCGAAGAAGGUCAUUCAAUUCCCAAUCUUAUUCACAUAUUCCAACUUAUUGUCCGCCAUUCCGAUCUCUUUUACAGCUGCAGAGCUCAGUUUGUUCCUCAGAUGGUGAAUUCUCUUAGUCGCCUUGGAUUGCCUUAUAAUACCACAGCAGAGAACAGGCGUCUUGCCAUUGAACUUGCUGGAUUAGUUGUUAACUGGGAGAAGCAAAGACAAAAUGAGAUGAAAGUUGUUCCUGAUUCUGAUGCACCUAACCAAAUCAAUGAUGUCUUUAAUCCUAGCUCAGCUGAUUCUAAGCGAUCUGUGGAUGGGUCUACAUUUCCUGAAGAUACAGCUAAGCGAGUAAAAGCAGAACCUGGCCUGCAAUCCAUAUGUGUCAUGUCACCUGGUGGUCCUUCAUCAAUAACUAACAUUGAAACUCCUGGAUCUGCCAGUCAACCUGAUGAAGAAUUUAAACCAAAUGCUGCAAUGGAGGAAAUGAUUAUCAAUUUUCUUAUCAGAUUUGAAUUUGACGAUGUUGAUACCUAUGGUUCAAAGGAUAACUUAAUGAAAGUGACUGAUAUGCAGUACUUUAAUACUGAGGCGAAAGUUGCUUUGGUUAUAGAGCCAAAAGACAAAGAAGCAAGCGCUAUGUACAAGCAAGCUUUGGAGCUACUUUCACAAGCUUUGGAGGUGUGGCCGAAUGCAAAUGUAAAAUUUAAUUAUUUGGAAAAGCUUCUGAGCAGUAUACAGCCAUCUCAAGCAAAGGAUCCAUCCACUGCACUGGCACAGGGUUUGGAUGUCAUGAACAAAAUUCUUGAACCGUGUUUCAAGCAUAAACUUUUAGAUGCUGGAAAAUCUUUUUGCUCGUUGCUGAGGAUGAUUUUUGUUGCGUUUCCUCAAGAAUCAACUUCCACACCUGCUGAUGUUAAGUUAUUGUACCAGAAGCUUGAUGAUUUGAUACAGAAGCAUGCUACCACUGUCACUGCUCCUCAAACGGCUAGUGAUGAUAAUAAUGCUAGCUCAAUUAGUUUCCUAUUGCUUGUCAUAAAAACCUUGACAGAGGUACAAAGGAACUUUGUUGACCCUUUAAUUUUGGUUCGCAUUCUUCAACGACUGCAACGUGAUAUGGGUUCAUCGGCAGGGCCUCAUUUAAGACAAGGUCAGAGAACAGAUCCAGAUUCAGCGGUCACAUCUUCCCGUCAAGGUGCUGAUGUUGGAGCAAUUAUUUCAAAUGUCAAAUCGAUUUUGAAACUUAUGACUGAUAGAGUGAUGGUUGUUACUGAGUGCAAGCGGUCUGUGUCUCAAAUAUUGAAUGCUUUACUCUCGGAGAAAGGAAUUGAUGCUAGUGUACUUCUUUGCAUACUUGAUGUGGUUAAAGGGUGGAUUGAAGAUGACUUCUGUAAACAAGGAACUUCAGUCACGCCAAGUGCCUUUCUCACUCCCAAGGAGAUAGUUUCUUUUCUUCAGAAGCUGUCACAAGUUGAUAAACAAAACUUCACACCAGUUGCUCUGGAAGAGUGGGACAGGAAAUAUCUACAACUUCUUUAUGGGAUUUGUGCAGAUUCAAAUAAAUACCCUUUACCCUUGCGUCAAGAGGUUUUUCAGAAGGUGGAAAGGCUAUUUAUGCUUGGUUUACGAGCCAAAGAUCCAGAAGUUAGGAUGAAAUUUUUCAUUCUCUAUCAUGAGUCUCUUGGGAAAACUCUUUUUAUCAGACUUCAAUUUAUUAUCCAAAUUCAAGACUGGGGGGCUUUGAGUGAUGUCUUCUGGCUCAAGCAAGGCCUUGAUCUUCUCCUGGCAAUAUUAGUUGAGGAUAAACCUAUUACACUAGCUCCAAAUUCUGCUAGAGUUCAACCCCUUUUGGUUUCAAGUUCUAUUCUGGAAUUAACUGGGAUGCCACAUAAGGUUAAUGAUGCAUCUGAAGGAUCUGAGGAUGCUCCACUAACAUUUGAGACCCUUGUGCAUAAGCAUGCCCAGUUUCUUAACAGCAUGAGCAAACUGCAGGUGGUUGAUCUAUUAAUUCCAUUGAGAGAGUUAGCCCACACAGAUGCUAAUGUUGCAUACCAUUUGUGGGUACUGGUAUUUCCAAUUGUCUGGGUGACAUUGCAUAAAGAAGAACAAGUGACACUUGCUAAACCAAUGAUUAAUCUUUUGUCUAAAGAUUACCAUAAGAAGCAGCAAGGCAACAGACCAAACGUAGUGCAAGCUCUAUUAGAAGGACUUCAGUUGAGCCAUCCCCAACCCAGAAUGCCAAGUGAGCUCAUUAAAUAUAUUGGGAAAACUUAUAAUGCAUGGCAUAUUGCACUAGCUUUGCUGGAAAGUCAUGUUAUGCUGUUCCCAAAUGAUUCCAAAUGCUCUGAGUCUCUGGCUGAGCUUUAUCGUUUGCUCAAUGAAGAGGAUAUGAGAUGUGGGCUCUGGAAGAAGAGAUCAGUCACUGCAGAAACCCGGGCUGGGCUUUCUCUUGUUCAGCAUGGUUAUUGGCACCGUGCCCAAAGUCUCUUUUAUCAAGCCAUGGUUAAGGCAACUCAAGGAACAUAUAAUAACACUGUGCCAAAGGCUGAGAUGUGUCUAUGGGAAGAGCAGUGGUUAUACUGUGCUAGUCAACUUAGUCAAUGGGAAGCACUGGCAGACUUUGGCAAGAGUGUUGAGAAUUAUGAAAUUCUGCUUGACAGUCUUUGGAAAUUGCCUGAUUGGACAUAUAUGAAGGAGCAUGUCAUUCCCAAAGCUCAAGUGGAAGAAACUCCAAAGCUUCGUCUAAUUCAAGCAUACUUUGCUCUUCAUGAUAAAAAUACAAAUGGUGUGGGGGAUGCUGAGAAUAUGGUAGGUAAAGGCGUUGAUCUUGCUCUAGAACAAUGGUGGCAGCUGCCUGAAAUGUCUGUUCAUUCCAGAAUUCCUCUUCUGCAGCAAUUCCAACAAAUAGUUGAAGUUCAAGAAUCAGCUAGGAUUCUAAUGGAUAUUUCAAAUGGAAAUAAACUCUCAGGAAAUUCGGUUGUUGGUGUGCAAGGGAACCUUUAUGCUGAUCUGAAGGACAUACUUGAGACGUGGAGACUAAGAACUCCAAAUGAAUGGGAUAAUAUGUCUGUUUGGUAUGAUUUGCUGCAGUGGAGGAAUGAAAUGUACAACUCUGUCAUUGAUGCUUUCAAGGAUUUUGGUGCCACAAAUUCAGCACUUCAUCAUCUUGGUUACCGUGACAAAGCGUGGACUGUCAACAGGCUUGCUCACAUUGCUCGAAAGCAAGGCCUUUAUGAUGUUUGUGUCACCAUACUUGAAAAAUUAUACGGCCAUUCGACCAUGGAAGUACAGGUUUUAUCUGAUCUCUUUUUGAAGUAUAUACAGGAAGCAUUUGUUAAGAUAACUGAACAGGCAAAGGCAUACCUAGAAAGUAAAGGAGAACUUACAAGCGGUAUUAAUCUGAUCAACAGCACUAAUCUAGAGUAUUUUCCUGCAAAGCACAAGGCCGAAAUUUUCCGUUUGAAAGGGGAUUUCAUGUUAAAAAUGAAUGAUUCUGAGGCAACCAAUGUUGCUUAUUCAAAUGCCAUCAGUCUUUUCAAAAAUUUGCCUAAAGGAUGGAUAAGCUGGGGAGACUACUGUGAUAUGGCUUACAGAGAAACUCAUGACGAGAUUUGGUUGGAAUAUGCUGUCAGCUGCUUCUUGCAAGGUAUAAAAUUUGGUGUGUCGAAUUCAAGAAGCCAUCUUGCUCGUGUACUUUAUCUUCUUAGCUUUGAUACUCCGAAUGAGCCUGUUGGAAGGGCAUUUGAUAAGUACUAUGAACAAAUACCACAUUGGGUUUGGCUCUCUUGGAUUCCGCAGCUAUUACUCUCCCUGCAGAGGACUGAAGCUCCUCACUGUAAACUUGUUCUUAUGAAGAUUGCAACCUUGUAUCCUCAGGCUUUGUAUUAUUGGUUGCGCACAUACUUACUGGAACGCCGGGAUGUUGCCAAUAAAUCUGAACUUGGUAGAAUUGCAAUGGCUCAACAAAGAACACAACAGAGUGUUUCUGGUACUAGUACUGGUUCCCUUGGUGGGUUGGCUGAUGGAAAUGCUAGAGUACAAGGUCCUGGUGGGAGUAACUUGCCAUCUGAUAUUCAGGCUCACCAAGGCUCCCAGACUGCAGGUGGAAUUGGAUCUCAUGAUGGUGGAAACUCACAUGGGCAAGAACCUGAAAGGUCUACAAGUGCAGAAAGCAGCAUGCACAAUGGAAAUGACCAACCUUUGCAGCAAGGUUCUGCAAACCUCAAUGAAGGUGGUCAAAAUACUUUAAGACGUGCUGCUGGUGCUUUAGGAUUUGUGGCUUCAGCUGCCAGUGCUUUUGACGCUGCAAAAGAUAUAAUGGAGGCUCUUAGGGGCAAGCAUGCUAAUUUGGCUAGUGAACUCGAGAUUCUGCUAACAGAAAUUGGUUCAAGGUUUGUCACUCUUCCUGAAGAGAGACUUUUGGCAGUGGUUAAUGCUUUGCUUCACCGCUGCUACAAAUAUCCAACAGCCACAACUGCAGAAGUUCCUCAGUCUCUCAAGAAAGAGCUCUCUGGUGUUUGUAGGGCUUGCUUUUCUGCUGACGCUGUAAAUAAACAUGUUGAUUUUGUGAGGGAGUACAAACAGGAUUUUGAACGAGAUCUUGAUCCUGAAAGCACUUCUACUUUUCCAUCUACCCUCUCUCAACUGACUGAGCGGUUGAAACACUGGAAAAAUGUUCUUCAAAGCAAUGUUGAAGAUAGGUUUCCAGCAGUUCUAAAGCUGGAAGAAGAAAGCAAGGUAUUGCGGGACUUCCAUGUUAUUGAUGUUGAAGUUCCAGGGCAAUAUUUCACUGAUCAGGAAAUUGCACCAGAUCAUACCGUUAAAUUGGAUAGGGUUGCGGCUGAUAUUCCGAUUGUGCGGAGGCAUGGGAGCAGUUUUCGCCGAUUGACUCUGAUUGGCUCUGAUGGCUCCCAACGUCAUUUUAUUGUCCAAACAUCUUUGACUCCCAAUGCUAGAAGUGAUGAGCGCAUACUGCAGCUUUUCCGUGUGAUGAACCAAAUGUUUGAGAAGCACAAGGAAUCAAGACGACGUCACAUAUGCAUUCACACACCGAUAAUUAUUCCUGUUUGGUCCCAGGUUCGCAUGGUGGAAGACGAUUUGAUGUAUAGUACUUUCCUUGAGGUCUAUGAGAAUCAUUGUGCAAGGAAUGACCGUGAGGCGGACCUUCCAAUAACCUAUUUCAAGGAGCAGUUGAACCAAGCUAUCUCGGGCCAAAUAUCACCAGAAGCUGUUGUUGAUCUUCGUCUGCAAGCCUAUAAUGAGAUAACGAAAAAUCUUGUAAAUGACAACAUCUUUUCACAGUACAUGUACAAAACUCUACCUAGUGGGAACCAUAGUUGGGCUUUCAAGAAGCAAUUUGCCGUCCAGUUAGCCCUUUCAAGUUUCAUGUCCUUUAUGCUACAAAUUGGUGGGAGGUCUCCGAACAAGAUUUUGUUUGCAAAGAACACUGGAAAAAUAUUUCAAACUGAUUUUCAUCCUGCGUAUGAUGCAAAUGGAUUGAUUGAGUUUAAUGAGCCAGUCCCAUUUAGGCUGACAAGGAAUAUGCAAGCCUUCUUCUCCCAUGGAGUGGAAGGCCUUAUCGUAUCUUCAAUGUGUGCUGCUGCCCAGGCUGUGGCUUCACCUAAGCAAAGUCAGCACCUGUGGCAUCAUCUAGCAAUGUUUUUCCGUGAUGAGCUACUAUCUUGGUCUUGGAGAAGACCGCUUGGGAUGCCCAUGGCCCCGAUGGCUGCAGGUGGUACUAUGAGCCCCGUUGACUUCAAACAGAAAGUUAUCACAAAUGUGGAACAUGUUAUAACAAGGGUUAAGGGAAUCGCUCCUCAGAAUUUUUCUGAAGAAGAGGAGAAUGUUAUGGAUCCACCACAACCUGUGCAGAGGGGUGUUACUGAGUUGGUUGAAGCUGCCUUGAAUCCUAGGAACUUGUGCAUGAUGGAUCCAACGUGGCAUCCCUGGUUCUAA